CUUGAUUUUCAUAUAUAUAUAUAUUGAAACCCCAGUUCUUGCAAUGUGCCAUCAGCUCUACUCUACCUUAAUUAAACGUAAAUAAAAUAUAUAAAUAUUUGGAUCGAGAAAAGAUGAACAGGCCAGGAGAUUGGAACUGCAGGGCUUGCCACCACCUGAAUUUCCAGCGGAGGGAGUCGUGCCAGCGCUGCGGGGACCCACGGCCGCCGGCCGGCGACUUCUACGGCGGCAGGGGGAUCGCCGGCGCAUCGGCGUUCCCGUUCACCGGACCCGACGUCCGCCCCGGAGACUGGUACUGCGCACUGCCCAACUGCGGCGCCCAUAACUUCGCCAGCCGCUCCAGCUGCUUCAAAUGCGGCGUCGCCAAGGAUGAACUCGCCGCCGCCGGCGACGCCGAGGCGUCGCGCCACCGUGGACUCAGAUUCGGAGGCGGAGGCAGCCGCUCUGGUUGGAAAUCCGGCGACUGGAUUUGCUCGAGGAAGGAGUGUAACGAGCACAAUUUCGCGAGCCGGACUGAGUGCUUUAAGUGCAGUGCACCGAAGGAGCCCACCAACCAAUCGCCAUUUUAAUGGAAAUUUCUAUAUUUUUUGGUCUGGGCGAUGGGGAAGGUGAAGGCUGAGGAAGAGGGAAUGGGAAUUGGGAGAACGAUGGAUGUGUUCUUCUUUUAAUUUCAUCUGCAACUUUAAUUUCUCAAUUUUAUUUUUAUUUUAUUGAAUGUUUUUGUGACAUGGAACUGAAAUCUUUGGGCUUUAUUUUGGUGGUAUGAAUUAUUAUGAGGAGCUACUAUUAUAUUCAUUUGUGUCCAUUUAAUUUU